ACAUACAUUCCUCAUAUAAAACGGCAGUCAUCGUCAAAUCAUAGGUGUUGCAUGUUAUAAUGAACAAUUCAUUUGACCUUAUUGUACAAACUACAUUUUACUGCUGUGUAUGAAGUAAUUCCCCUCAAAUUAGGUUAUUCAUAUACGCGUUAAGUCGUUUGAUCAAGUAUUUAGACGCCCUUGCCAGGAAAAUGACACCAAUCUGCAUUCUGCGCUGUUGUGCAAACUGCACCAAAUGCUGAUGUGAAGUCGAUGGCGGAUGUACAUGUUGUCUGGGCGGCCCGUGGAGGCUCUCAGUAAACAUUUAUUUUUCUUCUAAAUAUUAGUGACGCUGCAUUGUCAGUGUCAGCCCACAUCUUGUUGAGUGUCGCGUCGCUGAGCCAGGACUGUCAUUGCUUUGACCCUUCAACUGGAGGGCUUACACGGAUAAUUCAUCGUUAACCUGGAUUCCCGACAGAAUGUCUCUCUGUAUUCUCACGUCGAGUUUUACUCAUUUUACCAAACCGCUUGAUUCGUUCAUGUAUUGCAAAUAUUAGACAUCGUUGCAGCAGCAUAAUUCAACAUUGAUACAAUUCGAAUCUGAACGGGAAUAUUUUCGAUAUGGUGACUGCAGAAGAAAGCCCUUAUUACUCUUGUGCUAAAAAUGUCCUGUAAUUUGCUGCUCAGAAUCUUUUCUUCCUCCGUUUCGCCAUAAAAUAGGCUGGAGUCAGCGUCGGUGAGCAAGUAGUGACGUCAGCGCAUCUUGUUUUCAUUCUUAGUCCCCGCCCAUGUCUGGAAACCCCGCCCCCAGCAGCAAAACUCCACUUUUCAGUUCGUUACUGCAGCUUAAAGGUAUAAUGGAGGAAUUACUGUAUACUACUAAAAAUAAUAACCAUCAAAUACUAUGGAAUGAAUAACAUUAUAGAGCUCCACUCAUCUAGGAUGCAAGUGUGGCCAGAGGGGGGCCAAAGGAGGACAAGCAUUAUUGGUAAUAUCAACUAGGCACAUAUCCGUGGAGCGCACCCGCUGUUUGCCACUUAUUUGUCAUGCAGUCUUCAUUAGUGCAGUAAUACAUAGUGUUGACAACACACCUCAGUCUGACAUUACCUUUUAAAUCGUAUUUUUAGGGAUCCAAAUUACAGAUUUCAAACUGUACUACGCGGUCUCUCGUUUUCAUUUUCACCAUUGUGUUCUCCAUCUGCACAAACUAUACAUUUGAAAGAACAUUUUCAUAAAAGGAGUGUGAUUUAAUGUGGCCAGUCGUGUGUUUAUCAAAGAUCUAUCUUAUCUAAGACAGGAUGUAACCAAGUAAACACUAUUGUUGGCCGAGUGAUGCUGCGUUGAUGUUACCUCGGAGAAUACGGCUCUUGAAGAAAGCGUAUUUUUCAGUUGUUCUCCUAGGUAAAACCAAAGUAAAACCUGACUGUAUCAUCGGUCAGACAAGAAUCCAGUUACCUAUAUAUGUAGAUUUAUAGAAAAUAGCACAUCUACCCUUAACAUCAAAGACACGAAAGCGUUGCACAUAGUGACGUUGUAUUCACGGAACAAGGGUAGGGUAAUUAAUUAUGCUACGACACUUAUGUUUGAGUCAAUCUCCAUCUUGACAAUUCGGCCUUUUGCUCCAAACCAAGUGAAACCUUACAUUUGCACUACUGAAGCCCACCCUCCCAUUGUCCAAGUCAAGAUCCAGCAAGGGCUUUGAAUGAAAAUAAAUAAUAAUAUAUGACUACAAGUUAUAUUUAAUCGCAAAUACCAUUCAAAGGCAGCUACAGCUUUUUUUGUGUUGGACAAAAGCACCCAAGACAAUACAAGCCGUCAUGUUUCAACGUCUGAGCAACCUACUGUUUGGGGAGGUAGAAGAGGUGGCAGCUGAGCUGAAGGGACCCAAGCCCUGUGUGACGGAGGCUGAUGAAGAAGGAUGGAUGCUAGUUAACCUGCCUGACGAAUCUGGCUGCAUAAUGCCGGCUGAGGAUGAGACACAGACCCAACUUCUUGCACAUCCAGUUAAAGACAGUAAUCAAUCAAAUCAUAAAGACACUCUGACACGGACUGAAUGCCAAUCUUCCAUUCCCCGCCCACCAAACAAACGGCGUAGGACACGAAAAAGUCAGACGCAAGUGGCAGUAGUAUUGUCAGACCCACUGUCUUGCCCAAGAUGGGUCAGAAUGGCCACGGCCUCCUCCACCCAGUCCUCUUCUCCUACUGGGAGCGAGUGUGGGGGCAGUGGAGAUAGCAGUAGGGCAGGCUCAGAGAACCUGAGAGCCUCAGACAGAGGCUGCAUGGAUGAGAGCUGGUUUGUCACCCCUCCCCCCUGUUUCACUGCAGAAGGAGCCACCGCAGAAGCGAGCCCAAUGGAGGACCUGCUCAUCGAGCACCCCAGCAUGUCUGUGUACGUCUCCCCAAACAACCUGUCCAUCGUCUCCAACGGCAAUCUUUCCAUGGUGAGCGAGGAAAGCAUUAUGAGCAUGGCAAGCAGUGUGAGCACAGUGGCUGAGCCAGCUGCUGCUCCGGCUACCCACACCCCCGGUCCAUUCAGGGUGACUUUUGGACCUUAUGUCCAGUCUAAGGUGGCCCAAGGGGCCAGGAUCCACCGUGGCAAAGCCCGCAUUGAGCGACGCCACCUGAGCCGCAACCGCAUUCAACGCCAAAACCGCACUAGGGAGCAGGUUCCUCGUCACGCAAGCCACGCUCGAAACACCUUCCUUCACCAGCCUAGCAAGCGUAACUUCUGCCACUAAACCCCCAAACAACUGAGGGGCACUGUUUACUCUGAGGGCAUUCAAGGAGCAUAGUCAACUUGUUACACAUUCAGUGCAUUUAACAUGUCUGGUUUUGUUUUGGUACAUUGAUGCACAAAUUUGAUUCAGCAUUUUGUAAUAGUCUGCUGCCCUGUUUUGCUGUUAAGAACACAAGCCCUCAGAGUAGAUCUGAGUCGAACUUCACUAUACUUUCUGCAGUAUCCAUACAAAUUUUAAAAAUACUGACUUACGUAAUACAGAAAAAUAACAAAGUUUAGCUAUAUUGGUUUCUUCUUCUUAGUCUUUCAAUCUUCCCUAAGGCAUGUUUUAUAUUAAUACAACCAUGACGACAGAUUCAUUUCAAAUUUACAUUAAUAAGUUAUUUUCUCGGACUGGACAGAUAAGAAUUGCGGGAACCUUGCAUGACAGAAACAUGGCUAAACCUUAUUUGCAGAAAAAGCAACCCAUCAUUUCCUUAAAGCUUCAUUUUAAGUUAUGCCCACAUUACAUUUUUAUUUUUGUCCAGGAAAAAUGGAUGGAUAUAACGUAUGUAAUGACUGUGGGAUAACAAGCACAAAAAUGUAUUAUAUAUUUGCAUUGUGGCAAACAGUUUUUUUUCCUGUCACUUAGAGAAGGGUGAGUGCAAGUAAGAAGAUGGUGGGAGGGUGAGCAAAACAGACUAAAGAGUAAAAAAUAAUGAUGAUGUGAAUUACAACCAAGCGAUGUGAAAGAAUAGUUUUUUAGGAAAGUGUUAAGUGACCCUUUAAAGCAGACUGUUUUCUCACGAGAUCAUGACAAUUCCCUUCAAUUUCUAUGUUAGAUACCGGUUAAGUUACCUAUCAUCAAAUAUGAAAAGGUGAGUAUUUAAUAAGAUACAGGCCCUGGCUUUGGGUCACAGGGUAUGUCAGGAUAUAGUACGUGCAGAGUGGUACUGGUGGUAUAUAGCUCUUUGUUUUGUUUUGUUGAUUCUAAGUCUGCAAGGUUCCACCAAUGUCAACCUGUUUAUGCAGAGAAAGUGAACAUUUGACUUAAGAAAAUAAAUUGAAACCUGUUUUCUGUGCAGCAUGGUCAUGGUAACUAAAUGUUGUCGUCUGCCAACUGAAGCAAAGUGCCCAGUACACCAGGUACACUGUGUGCUGUGAUUCUCCACAUUAUACAAAAAAAGACAAGAAAAUAUUUGUGUACAUCAGUCGCUUUCAUUAAUCAAAACAAUAAAAUAUCCCUGGCUGAGGCAGUUUUUAAGAAAAGGUGUAACUCAAGGAAAUGUUCCAUCAACAGAUCUGAACAUCGCUGUCUCCUUGUAUGCACACCAAACUCUUCACAUUGUCCACUUAGAAAUUCAGCUGAAAGAUAUGUAUUCAACAAAAAUAGUAAACAAUGGUGCUGAUGUGUAUACUAAUGUUUGUAAAUUAUUUGAGACAUGGAUGUAAGUUUGCACUCAUAGAGUUGUGUGAGUCCAAAGUUUUACCAGUGUGCUGUGUGCUUGUGUUUUACUUUUGUGACAUUUUUUCCCCCUUUUUGUGUGUGAGAAAGUAAAAAAAAACAACCCUAAAAACAUUCAUUAUGCUAGUCCUUUAUUACUCUUGUAAAUAUUCUAACACACUUUUUAGCGCUCUGUUAGAUGUCAAAACCUCUCAAGACCUGAGUCCACGAUGUUGAGUUCAGUUGGAGUGAGGUGACUCCUCUCUUGCCUCACCUUGGUGCUCCUUAUCAAAAUGGAGAGGGCUGCUCAGUUGCCAUAAUGGCAUCUUUUCCCCCAAUAUGAGUUACAUCUCACUGAGGAGCACAAUGAAAAUCGCACUAGGCUGAGAGUUGAUGUGCCAUAGGCUUACACCGCCUGUCAUAGGGUCCACUUAGCCAAGUACUUGCUGAAUGUGGCCGGGUGAGGACAUUGACAUGGUUGCAAUACAAUCUGUACUGCUGUGUUAGUGAUAGGCACAAUCUUUGGAAAGGGGAUGAAUGUGUCGUAUUUAAAAUUGUUUUCUUUUGAAUAAUAUACCAAAAUAGUUUUUUUUGUUCUUAUAGUAAUCUAUUAAAGUAUGUUAAUUUAUUUUUGUUCUGUUUACUGCUAUGUCUUUUGCAGGGAAUAGACAUGAGAUGACACAACUGGGUUCUUGAUGAGAGAACGAUCUAUGCUUGAUUGUGGGUGUGUGUAAACAUCAAGCUGUGUCGCUGCAAAACUGUCUUUUUUCCCCUCACUUUUGUCAUGUAAGGAAAUGUGCUUUCAGUGUGUUGUGUGUGAACAUUGGGAAGUGUGCAUUCAGAGUAAAAGACAUCCAACCAUGUGUUGAGGGAGUGGUCGUGCUAUGUGUUGAACAUCUAUGAUGUGAGUGCAUGGACAGGUAAAUGAUGAGGCAUAGUUUAUAUUUAAAGAAAUAAAACGUAUAUGUAUAAUACAA